CAAAGAUUGGCUCUCUUCCAUGCUUGCCUGGUGGCCUCUGUGGAUGAUAUCAAUUGGUUUACAGACUAGCGAUGCGAGGAAUAGAAGCUAAUCGAUUGAUCGGGAGGUAUUGAAAGGUAGAAAGGAAGAGGAGGACCUCGCGUAAGAAAGAAUGGGGUCUGCCAUUAGCCAAGUUCUUCGCGGGAAUGGCGAAAGUGGCUAUGGAUUCCAUACGAGCGCCGAGGACAUAACUCAAGGCUUGGAUCUCUCGCCCACGACAGCCAUUGUCACAGGUGCUACGUCGGGAAUUGGAUUGGAGACAGCCAAAGCUCUGGCCAUGCGCGGAGCCCGCGUGAUACUCGCGGCGCGCAACAUCAAGGCCGCGGAGAGCGUCAAGGAAUCCAUCCUGGAGAACAAGCCCGACGCGCGAAUUGAGAUCCUGGAGCUCGAUUUGAGCUCGCUCGCCUCCGUCCGCCGCGCCGCAGAGGAUUUCCACGCUCGCAACCUCCCGCUCCACAUCCUCAUAAACAAUGCAGGAGCCCUGGUUCCAAGGUUCAUGCGGUCAGAGGAUGGAAUCGAACUCCAAUUUGCCACAAAUCACUUGGGGCAUUUCUUGCUCACAAAGCUGUUGCUGGACAAGAUGGUCGAAACAUCGCGGGACUCGAGGAUGGAGGGUCGGAUCGUUAAUGUGGCUUCGCAGUGCUAUAGGAUUGCCAGGGAUGGCAUCGAGUUUGAUAAGCUAAACGAUCCAGCAAGCUUUUCUACAACGUACCCACUCGGCUAUGGAAUCUCCAAGCUCGCCAACAUCUUGCAUGCAAAAGAGCUGGCGAGGCGGCUCAAGGAGCGCGGCGCUAACGUCACAGCAAAUGCAGUCCAUCCAGGAGUCAUCCACACCAACAUCGUACGGAUAGCCCCCGAGUACAUCUCAUACAUUAUCUCGAGCAUAUUCUCCAAGCAAUUCGAAUUCAGCAAAUCCCCCUCACAGGGGGCCGCGACUACGUGCUACGUUGCCACUCAUCCGGGGGUGAGUGGAGUCUCCGGAAAGUAUUUCGUGGAUUGCAACAAGGCCGAGUGCGUUUCGUACGCAAACGACAUGAAGUUGGCCCAGCGGCUAUGGCAAUUCAGUGAAAAGUGGACGAGUCCCGCCGGGGACGGCACGGAUUGAUUGGUCAUUACGCGGAUUGACGGUGGAUCUGGCGUUUCACCCCUUGAAUACGCAAUGUAGGUAGCUGCUGUGCAAUCUUUACAAGCUCACCAACAAAAACUAUGUAACUAUUCAAAGGAAAGCCCUUUUCUAGGUCAA